UUUUUUGUUUCAAUAUUGAUUUGAAUGUAUUUCAUUAAAUUAUUAUCAUUGAUGAUUUUUGGUAUUGUUUUAAACACCUGAAUAUAAAAUAUGGUUAGCCAAGAUGAAUUAGAACGUACCAUUCGGUAUGUAUUGAUACGUGUUGAAUGUGUUGAACGAACUGAUUAUAAUGAUAAUAAUCAUUAUCAAACAACAUCAAAUCAUCAAAGAAAAUAUACUUUUGAAGAAUUAAAUGAUGAAUUAGAAGCAUUACAUCAUGUACGAAUGAAUUUAAAUGAUUUUAUUAAUCGUAAUCAAGAUUUAACUGUUGAUCAAUUAUGUAUGUUAAAAGAUUUGAAACAUCGUUUAUAUGGUGCUAUACAAAAACUUAAAGAAGCAACGUGUUGUAAUACGAAUUCGAAUGAUCCAACAACGAUGACGAUUAUACCUAAAUCACCGAAAAAGAAUACAAAUAAAUCCAAUUAUCGUAAUCAAAAAAAUAAACAUUUGAAUACCCAAUUAUCGGUGAACAGUGGUGGUGGUGGUGGUACAUCGAUGACCAAAGAUCAAUCAUUCAAUCCAUUAGCAUUUGGUGGUGCAGAUUGUCCGACAAUGAUACGUUUUUUUGUCAAUCAAAUCCAUAAAAAUAAUCCAGAUAUUAGGGUGAAUCCUGUAUCAUCAUCAUCAUCAUUGGAUCAUCAAUUAGAAUCAUUUUCACUGAAUCCAUCACCAUUUUCACCGAAUCCAUCACCAUGAAACAAAAACAAAACAUUCUUUCCUCACUUUUUUUUCGAUUGAUCAUAAUCAACUUAUUUUGUUUCGUUUACUUUUUUUCAUUCAU